CAAACGUAAGAGUUGUUACGCUUUUAGCAGAUAACUCUGAUAAGUGUUAUUAGGGAAAUGCAAUAGAAGCUUUCGAUACAUUAGCAGCUUAUUUGUAGCAAGGCGCUCUUAUUAGAGCUGUUGGUUUUUAUCAUGGAAGUGAGGAAUAGCAGCCUUGUAGCUGUUAGUAGCUGUUCCUAGCUAACUGAACAUGGAAGCUAGCUUUCUAGCCUGCUUUCCAUGGGAAGCCCACACUAAUACUAGCCAUUAAAUAACACCGUUACCAUCCGAUGUUGUGCUUUAAUGCUGCCUGUUAAUUUGUUCAUCUUCUGAAAAACUUAAGCGAUGGAGGAAGUUGACAAAAUUUUGAUACACGCCCUCAAACAAGUUGGCACGGAGGUGAGUGAGGAGACUGACAGUGUCAGACAGUUCAGCAGUGAGAUGAUAGUGGAGGCGGUGGUCCGAUGUAUCCGGGUGAUCAAUCCAGGCCUGGGCAGUGCACUGCCCACCUCCCUUCCUCCAGGCAUGUCUGCCCGCUUCAGAGUGGGCAUGAGCCUGGCACAAGCCUGUCAGGACAUUGGUUACAAAGGAGAGAUAGGCUACCAGACAUUUCUGUACAGUAACGAGCCCGAGAUCCGCUCUCUGCUCAUGUUCCUGGUGGAGAAGCUGCCCAGAGAGAGCGCCGAGGCCUCAGACCAGCCAACAGGUAAAUCGAUGGUCCUCCAGAGAGCCAUUGCUGCUGCGAUCAGAGCCCAGCUGGCUGUGCCCUGGCUGCCUACAAACUGCAGACUGCCACUGCAUGCUGAAACACAAAGUCCAGAAACACUGCACAGCUUCCACGCUCAGCCGCUCAGUUUGCCAUACUGCACUAAAGGUGCAGGAAAGAAGCAGCUGAAAGAGAUGACAGCCUACCAGAGACACAUUCUUCCUCCUGUGACUGCACAGCCUUCCCAUUAUGCUUCUGUGGUGGCAUCCAUCAUGGAGCAGCACGCCGCCGAGCUGAGCGCUGCUCAGGAGUGGGACACUGAGUGGAACAGUCAGGGCCUCCUGUCACGCCUCACGCCACAGGAGUACCGGUCCAGGAAAAUGGCCCGGCUGCGUAAACGCAUCGAGGAGCAGCUGCAUUCUGCUUCCCUGCCCUCUCCUGACAGUUCCUUUGGUGGUCCUCGCUCCACCUCUGACCUGAGUGAACUGCUGCAAACCUUCAGAGGCUCCGCCCCCUCCGACCACAUCCUGAGCAAGGGCACACACUUCACCCACACACAGAAGUUCACCUUCACACAGGAGUCAGCAGCAGUAACCAGCCCCGUCCCCACUGGGCGUCACUCAGAGGGUGAUAUCCAGCUCCGUCAUCAGGAGGAGCUGGCUUCACUCCAGCUGCAGUUCCAGGGGCUCUGCAGUGAUGUCGACCAGCUAACAGCAGACAUGAAGCACAUGAGUGUGACUAAUACACAGGUUUUGGAUGAGUUGAAGCAAAGGGUUCUGGGAAACUCUGAAAAAGAAGAGAAGAUGCAGGUGAAGAAGAAAACAAUCACCCUGUUGCCGGACGCAGACAACAACCUGCUGAAGCUUCAGGCUCUAGUGGAGGCCAGCGCUAAGCGGGUGGUGAACCUGGCCUCUCAGUGGGAGAAACAUCGCGCUCCACUCAUCGAUGAGCACCGCAGGCUCAAAGAAAUCUGCAGCAACCAGGACCUGGAGUCAUCCAGAAAGUUGUCUGAAAUCAAGUCUCUGCAUGACAAAAUCCGUGUGUCUACAGAGGAGGCCAAGAAGAAGGAAGAAAUAUACAAGCAGCUGGUAACAGAGUUGGAAAGUCUUCCUCAGGAUGUGUCUCGGUCGGCAUACACUCAGAGGAUCCUAGAGAUCGUCAGCAACAUCAAGAAGCAGAAGGAGGAAAUAACCAAAAUUUUGUCUGACACUAAGGAGCUCCAGAAAGAGAUCAACAGCCUGACAGGAAAGCUGGACAGAACCUUCGCUGUGACUGAUGAGCUGGUCUUCAAGGACGCCAAAAAAGAUGAAUCUGUCCGCAAAUCCUACAAGUACCUGGCUGCCCUGCAUGAAAACUGCAAUCACCUGAUCCAAACCAUCGAGGACACGGGUACAAUUUUGAGAGAGAUUCGAGAUCUAGAGGAGCAGAUUGAGACAGAAAACAGUAACAAAACUGUGGCUAACCUGGAGAGGAUUCUGGAUGACUACAAGGCCAUUCGACAGGAGAACUCCGCACUCGCUGCCAAAGUCCGAGAGGGCUGAAGGAUGCCCUGGCUUGCUCUGCUGUGCCUGCUGAGGCUGAAGUUGUCGUAAAAACCUAGAGCUGUAGAGAGGCCUGAAUGUGACUGAAACAGCUCUCUGGGUAAAGAGACAGCUGUUUAUCAACCACGCCCUCUGCCAACGUCGGAGAGCUGAUUUUUGUACCGUAGAAACUAAUUUGGCAUUUUAAUGCACAACGUGUAUGUGUGGGUGGAGGAGAGAGACGCGCUCUCGUGGUUUGGUCAUUCUGAAACUCAACACUAGCCAGCAGAGGGUGCUGUCACACUGCCUCUGUUCAAACUUGUUGUCAUUCAUGUUGCUGCGUGAAAAUGUUUUCAUUCUUACCUUGAUUAAAAUCAAAUCUUUGACUUGGAAUUUUUAACCCAGGAAUCAUUCCGCCAUUUUCAGACUUCAGCGGCUCGUUUGUUGUCAUGAUUAUAUUUGAACUGAAGAUGUUGAGUGAAUGGCAUUUGAAUGUAGUCCAUGAAUGUUGUCCAACCCCAUCAGCUAAGUAUUGUUGUAU